AUAUCUCAAAAUCCAGAUACAAAGGAAUACAUUAUAGUUCUUGACUAUGCAAAAGGCGGAAAUUUAAAUAAUUUGAUAAACAAAUAUUAUGGAAACCUUAGCUGGUCCAGCAAAAUAUUAAUGCUGUUUCAUAUUAUUAUAGGUCUUAAAGAAAUUCAUCAAAAAAAGAUGGUUCACCGUGAUUUUCAUACAGGAAAUAUAUUAGCAAAUAGUGCAAUUAGAAGUAUAUUAUAUAUUUCAGAUAUGGGAUUAUGUGGAGAUGUUAAUAAUAAUGAUCAAAGUAAUAUUUAUGGAGUUAUGCCUUAUGUAUCUCCUGAAGUAUUAAAAGGGAAACUUUAUACUCAAGAAGCAGAUAUAUAUAGUUUUGGUAUGAUUAUGUAUUUUGUGGCAACUGGAAAAGAACCCUUUUUCAAUUGUGCACAUGAUGAGUUAUUAGUAUUAAAUAUCUGCAGUGGAAUUAGGCCUGAAAUUAAUGAGCCAGAAGCACCUAAAUGUUAUAUUGGUUUAAUGAAACAGUGUUGGGAUUCAAAUCCGAAUAAUAGACCAAAAGCAGCUGAAAUUGAAAAAUUAAUUGAAUUAUUUGUAUACUCAUAUUGGUAUAAUGCAUCGAUCUUUGAAGUAGUUAUGGGGUUUGAAAAAGAACAAAAACAUUUUGAAAUUCAAAAACAAUUUGAAGAAGCAGAAGAAUACAGAAGAUCACAUCCUGCUUCUUUUGAUGAAAGUACUACUCUGGCUCAUCCACAAGCUACUUAUAAAUCUCGGUUACUUAACCCUUUUACAAAAAAUAUCCCAAAACUUGAUAAUAUUGAUAAUAAUACAGUAGAAAUUUUUGAUUUUACAAAAUUUUUAAUCAAAGAUGAUACAAAUGGCUAAAUAAAAUUUUUUAGCACCCUUACCAAAUUCCCACAAGGAUAAUAAAUAUAAUAUUUUGGAAAUAUUAUUAUGAGCACCCGUUUAAUAUCAUUAAAAAUUUUCUCAAAAACCCUUUAAAGCUAAUUAAUAUGAAAGUAGCUUGAAGUACUUCAUAUUCUUUGUUUCUCUACUAUUAAUAAUUUUCUUUUUGUAUGAAUAAUAAAG